AGCAUGAAUUUAAGUGGUAAUCCAAUAAAAGCAAAGAAUUUGGAUAAUUUAAGCAACGAGCAAUUUGGAAAGUUGGUAAAAGGGAUAAAAGAUAAAAAAAUCAGAAUUAAUUCUUAUAAGGGCACUGUGCUAAUGGAUUUUCUGGAAUACGCUCAAAGAUUAGCGGGACAAGGAAACCAACAACAGCAACAAAACGCUCAAUAUUUACAGACGCUUAUUCAGCAGGGUGGUUCACCUGCUAAAACGGAUGAUAACAAGCAGCCGGGAAAUAAUGCUCCGCUUUUAGUGGGAGGGUUAGUUGUUUUUGGAAUUGUGGCCGUGGUG